GCUCCUUCCAAACGGGAGUAGCCGUUUCCAUAGAGACAUGGCUGUCUAUGGCAAGCGAUGCUAGAAGGCGAUUUCUGGCUCUUUAAAAGCUCCAACAAUGUCACAGCUUUCUGCUGGCGAUGAGGUGCAACUACAGUCUCUCCUCAAGCAGCUGCUGAGAAGCAUCAGCGACAAGAUCUCUGGAGCGCCGUCCACUGAAUGUGCCGAGGAGAUUCUCCUUCACCUGGAGGAGACCGACAAGAAUUUCCACAACUAUGAGUUCGCCAGAUACCUCCGCCAGCAUGUGGAGAGCUCUCUGGGUCCGGUGGUGGAGGAUGAGUUACAGAACCUGACCAGAGGAGGACAACAUGCAGUGGUUUGGGUUUGA